UUUUCUUCCUAAUGUACGAUCUACAUUUGCAUCAACUUCCAACUUUGCAAUAAGUGUGUCAGUGUGGGCUGAUAGUUUGUCUUCAGUAUUUUGGUUUGGAAAAUAUUAUUUUCUUGAUCUAAAUGUGCAAAAUUAAAAUUUUACCCUGGUGUGUACAGUAAAAUUAAGUUAAACCCACUGUAGGGUUACCAUGCUUUUCAGUGGGAGAGGUGGUUAGGUGCUCAGUUUUCAAAAGGGGUAAUACACCUAACAUACAUGGGUCGCAGAUGGGUUGUGUGUGAGUCGAAGGGUUAACAAUCCCAUGUUAGCGUCAGCCCAAAUUACGAUGGGAAAGUGCAGUGUCCUCUUGUCAUAGCAUAUGGGGAUGAGAAAGUUCGAGGGUUAGCUAUGGUGUAAUUGACCUGCUAAUGCACUGUGCUAUGCCGUGAUGAGCACGGUAGCCGAUGCCAAACAAUAAUCUCUUAGCUCAUAGACAGAGCUGUAGAUACCAAGGCAGGCAGAGGAGGGAAAUAUGCUUGGUCAUUUAGUCAUAGCCAGCCCAGAGUCAGUAGUUAUAUAAGAUCAUUAAAGUCAUAAACUGAAUUUGUCAAUCAGGUCUCAUUUGUCGUCCCAGUUUCUCCUUAUCUACGCUAUAAUUUAAAUGUCUUGUGGUAACUUAACCACCUCUGCUGGCUCGUCAUAUAUGGUGGCUACACGAGGUCCUUGGGCCACAGCCUAGGACACUUCAUGACAGGCUAGUUAUACUUUACAUAUAAGCGUGGCCAGCCUUUCUCACAGAUCAUAAUUGUUAGGCUUAUUGAGCUUGAGUUAAUUUAGCUUAUUGUGAAUUGACCUUUUUUUUAUAUAGUUUUGCGAGACUUAAAAACUGCCUGGAAAUGGCAUCGUAAGUGUAGGAACAAGCUAUAUUUUGAGUAUUUUGUGUAAAAACAACAGAUGAGAAUUAUGAGCCAGCUAGUUUAGCUUUCUCUCCAUUUUAUUGCAUCUUCACAUCCCCCGACAAUAUGAGCUUAAGUGGCCUGAUUGUUUCAGGUUUGGUUUAGGUAGGGCUUAUCUGAAGCCUGCAUGUAGAGAGAGCUCUUUGUACAAAGUUGUUGUGUAAAUAAAUAUAUUUUUAUUUUACAACUCUCUCUGUAAAAUAGAAAUAUGUUAUCAAGAAAAUUGUGUACCACAAUACCACAGGCCCAUACUAACUGUCCUUAAUUUCUCUCCUACAGCAGUACUGCUUUGCCAGUCCUGUACUGCACUCUGUUAAGGGUGCAGCAACUCAUCCUGUGUAGGUUAUGGGGAACACAGAGAACUGUGAACUUGUCAGUUUGGUCAGGGUCCACUGGCUGCUUGUUUGGGGCCUGUGAGGGGAAUCAGAUGCAGCCCAGCUACAACAAACCUCAACCCGCGAGAGCCUCUUUAAGUUUUUCUAUUCGGCAUAUCAAUUACCAAAAAAAAAAUUAGAUCAAAUUUCCCAUGCAUUCACGAUGGAAAAUCACUGCCCAAAUAUUUGACUACAUAUCCUUGCCUUACUUUAUCAGUUAUCUUUGUCCUUAAGAGGAGAUCAAGAUCUAAAUGUAUGACGAUUUAACAGUAACCAGUGCUGUUAUGAGUCAUUGUGGCACUGGAAUGUCAAAUUAUAAUAUUUCUGACAGUUGGGCUUGAUUUAUCAUUGUCUUUUGCCUCAUUUUUAUAUUUGAAUGCAAAAGUAGAUGCCUCCAAGUUUUGAUUUCACUGUAGUAAUGUAAUUCCUAGAUGUAACCUCAAAAUCUUGACUUAACUUUCAUCUGCUAGUAUAAAUAAUUGGGAAUCUGGACCACAGGGUCUCACAUGAACCUUUUUUUUAGUUUUGAGGUUAUACCCCAAGAAGAUGCUUUGUUUUUUUUUUUUGAGUGCCGUAAAUCAAUGCAACGCAGGUGGUAUACUGUUGUGUGUGAGUUCAAACCCUUUUCCAAAGUGUUACUAAUGGUAAAGAGAAAUUUUCUAGGCUUCUUUUCUGCCGGUUGAAGUCUGACUGCAGAAGGACCCUUGGCACUGAAAGUGGGGCAAAACGCCGGACCCCAAGCUGCAGGUCAGGUCAUACGUGGACGUCAUGUUAGAGCAGAACCUGUCCAAAGAGGAGAGAGAGAUUCGACAGCAGCUGGCAGAGAAGGCCAAAUCAGGGGACCUGAAAGCUGUCAACGGGUCCGCUGCCGCCCAAGCAGUCACAAAGCGUAAGCGUCGCUGGGACCAGACAGCUGACCAAACCCCCUCUAAUGCUACGCCCAAAAAGAUGUCCAGCUGGGACCAGGCUGACACCACUGCUGAGACUCCAGGACACACCCCCGCACACACCCCCUCAAACAGCCGAUGGGAUGAAACUCCUGGCCGCCCUAAGGGCAGCGAGACCCCAGGGGCCACUCCCAGCACCCGCAUGUGGGACCCCACUCCCAGCCACACACCUGCAGGCGCUGCCACCCCUGGAAGGGACACCCCUGGCCACGCCACACCUGGCCAUGGUGGAGCCACAGGUAGCGUGCGCAAGAACCGCUGGGACGAAACCCCAAAGACAGAAAGAGAGACCCCGGGACACGGGAGUGGCUGGGCUGAAACCCCACGCACAGACAGAGGAGAUGAGUCGGUGGGUGAGACUCCAACCCCAGGAGCCAGUAAGAGGAAGUCUCGGUGGGAUGAAACCCCUGCCAGUCAGAUGGGAUCCUCAACACCACUGCUUACCCCUGGAAAGACCCCCAUAGGAACUCCAGCUAUGAACAUGGCCACCCCAACACCAGGUCACCUGAUGAGCAUGACUCCAGAGCAGCUGCAAGCGUGGCGUUGGGAGAGAGAAAUCGAUGAAAGAAACCGGCCUCUCACAGACGAGGAGCUGGAUGCCAUGUUUCCAGAGGGAUACAAGGUCUUGCCUCCACCGGCAGGCUACGUGCCGAUCCGUACGCCGGCCCGUAAGCUGUCGGCCACACCCACCCCUAUUGGAGGCAUGACGGGUUUCCACAUGCAGGCGGAGGACCGCACCACAAAACAGAUGAAUGACCAGCCCUCAGGAAACCUCCCCUUCCUCAAACCUGACGACAUCCAGUAUUUUGACAAACUGCUGGUGGAGGUGGAUGAGUCCACGCUGAGCCCCGAGGAGCAGAAAGAGAGGAAGAUCAUGAAGCUGCUGCUGAAAAUUAAGAAUGGAACCCCACCCAUGAGGAAGGCCGCUCUGCGUCAGAUCACAGAUAAGGCUCGUGAAUUUGGAGCAGGCCCUCUGUUCAACCAGAUCCUGCCACUGCUCAUGUCGCCCACCCUGGAGGACCAGGAGCGCCACCUGCUGGUUAAAGUGAUUGACCGCAUUCUCUACAAACUGGACGACCUGGUUCGGCCGUACGUGCACAAGAUCCUGGUAGUGAUUGAGCCGCUCCUGAUUGAUGAGGACUACUACGCCAGAGUAGAAGGCAGAGAAAUCAUCUCUAACUUGGCAAAGGCUGCUGGCUUGGCCACAAUGAUUUCCACAAUGCGACCUGAUAUCGACAACAUGGAUGAGUACGUCAGAAACACCACGGCCCGAGCCUUUGCCGUGGUGGCCUCCGCCCUCGGCAUUCCCUCCCUCCUGCCCUUCCUCAAAGCUGUGUGUAAGAGCAAGAAGUCCUGGCAGGCCCGACACACAGGCAUCAAGAUCGUGCAGCAGAUUGCCAUCCUCAUGGGCUGCGCCAUCCUGCCCCACCUUCGCAGCUUGGUGGAGAUUAUAGAACACGGUCUGGUGGAUGAGCAGCAGAAGGUGAGGACCAUCAGCGCCCUGGCUAUAGCUGCUCUUGCCGAAGCGGCCACACCCUAUGGUAUUGAGUCCUUUGACUCGGUCCUCAAGCCGCUCUGGAAGGGUAUCAGACAGCACAGAGGAAAGGGUUUGGCUGCUUUCCUCAAAGCCAUUGGUUACCUGAUCCCACUGAUGGACGCCGAGUAUGCAAACUACUACACCAGAGAGGUGAUGCUGAUCCUCAUCAGAGAGUUCCAGUCCCCGGAUGAGGAGAUGAAAAAGAUUGUACUGAAGGUGGUGAAGCAGUGUUGUGGCACUGAUGGUGUGGAGGCCAACUACAUUAAGACUGAGAUCCUGCCGCCCUUCUUCAAGCACUUCUGGCAGCACAGGAUGGCCCUCGACAGACGUAACUACAGACAGUUGGUGGACACCACAGUGGAGUUGGCCAACAAAGUGGGAGCAGCGGAGAUCAUUUCUCGCAUCGUCGAUGACCUGAAAGACGAGGCGGAGCAGUACAGAAAGAUGGUGAUGGAGACCAUUGAAAAAAUCAUGGGCAACCUGGGCGCCGCCGACAUCGACCACAAGCUGGAGGAGCAGCUGAUCGACGGUAUCCUCUAUGCCUUCCAGGAACAGACAACAGAGGACUCGGUGAUGCUGAAUGGCUUUGGCACAGUGGUGAAUGCCCUCGGGAAGCGUGUGAAACCCUACCUGCCUCAGAUCUGUGGUACGGUGCUGUGGCGUCUGAACAACAAGUCGGCCAAAGUCCGUCAACAGGCCGCUGACCUGAUCUCCCGCACAGCCGUGGUCAUGAAGACCUGCCAGGAGGAGAAACUGAUGGGUCACUUGGGCGUGGUGCUGUAUGAGUACCUGGGAGAGGAGUACCCUGAAGUGCUGGGUAGCAUCCUGGGAGCACUGAAGGCCAUCGUGAAUGUCAUUGGUAUGCACAAGAUGACCCCACCAAUCAAAGACCUGCUUCCCCGUCUGACUCCCAUCCUGAAGAACAGACAUGAGAAAGUGCAGGAGAACUGCAUCGACCUGGUGGGCAGGAUCGCUGACAGGGGUGCUGAGUAUGUGUCUGCCAGGGAGUGGAUGAGGAUUUGUUUUGAGCUGCUGGAGCUGCUCAAGGCUCACAAAAAGGCCAUCCGCCGAGCCACUGUCAACACGUUUGGUUAUAUCGCCAAAGCCAUUGGUCCCCACGAUGUCCUGGCCACUCUGCUCAACAACCUGAAGGUCCAGGAGCGUCAGAACAGAGUCUGCACCACCGUGGCCAUCGCCAUCGUCGCCGAGACCUGUUCACCGUUCACGGUGCUGCCGGCGCUCAUGAACGAAUACCGCGUGCCUGAGCUCAACGUGCAGAACGGCGUGCUCAAGUCCCUCUCCUUCCUGUUCGAGUACAUCGGAGAGAUGGGCAAAGACUACAUCUACGCUGUCACGCCGCUGCUGGAGGACGCGCUCAUGGACAGAGACUUGGUCCACAGGCAGACGGCCAGCGCUGUGGUCCAGCACAUGUCCCUGGGCGUCUACGGUUUCGGCUGCGAGGACUCGCUCAACCACCUGCUCAACUACGUGUGGCCAAACGUAUUUGAGACGUCGCCUCAUGUGAUCCAGGCUGUCAUGGGGGCCCUGGAGGGGCUGAGGGUGGCCAUUGGACCCUGCCGCAUGUUGCAGUACUGCUUACAGGGUUUGUUCCAUCCGGCCCGGAAGGUGAGAGACGUCUACUGGAAGAUUUACAACUCCAUCUACAUCGGCUCACAAGACGCCCUCAUCGCCCACUACCCACAAGUCUACAACGACGAGAAGAACGUUUUCGUCCGCUACGAGCUCGAGUACGUCUUGUAAAUACAAAAUUUAUGUGCUCUUUGUUUUUCUCGUCCCUCAACUCUCGCCCUCCACCGUCGUCUCUCAUCUUGGUUUAGGACUGAGUCGGUUUUCAUUUAGCAACUGUAUGUCGGUCUUUUUUCCCGGGGCCAAACAGUCCAUGUCCUGGAUGACAUUUAUCGAUCCUGGACUGAAAAUGAGCGUGAAAUUAGGGGAAAUUAAAGAAGGAACAUUGUAGAGUCUGUAUGUAUUUUUUUUUUUUUUUUUUUUAAUUUCUCUCUUUUUUGAGUGUUCCCUGUAAGGAAUGGUCAGGGUCAGACGAGCCCUGGUUGAGGAAUGCUGCGCAGUCACGACAAUGUUUUAAAUAUUUGGAUUAUUUUUUGUUUUUUUUUUGUGUAUUGAUAGGCUUCUGUAUCAGCUGCACACGCCCUCUCCAUGUUUUACACCUCCUCUGUUCUUAUUAGAUUGUUGCUUUAUUUAACCGAAUAAAAUGUUUGUGUA